CAACAUGUGGUGCCGGCCCAAGUUGCUUAAUACUUUGGCCAUUUUGCAACCUCUGCAUGUUCCAUCGACGCCGGAAAAGUGAAGGGCACACCACAUGUUUGAUCAAAUGUGCGGCUGAAAUUUGCAAAAGUUUUGGCUUUCAGGUACUCAAAUUCUAGUCGCAAAUCACGAUGAAUCUGUACAAUGGCUGCAAAGAGAUUCUGAAGAUUCAGAAGUUCCGGAGAAUGGUGUCGUAUGCCGGAUUCUACUGCUUCACAGCAGUCCUGACCUACGCCUACACAAGCAAUACAACUCGAGCUGGGUUUUCGAGAGCUGACCAGUUCUAUGCUUCUUACCCAGCUGGAACGGAGCUCUUGACGGACACGGCAAAGUUGUAUAAAGCUGCGCUUGGUAACUGUUUCGAAAACGAAGAAUGGGGUCCGAUUGAGUAUUGCAUCAUGGCCAAACACUUUGAGCGACAGGGGAAAGGACCCUAUGCUUAUCAUGCACAUUACAUGGCGCACCUCCUAUCUCACGGACAGCUCGAUGGAAGUGGGUAGAAGUAGAGAUGGUUGCCGGAUGAUGAGUAGAACAUGUCGUACCAUAUCUAUACGAAACUUGAAGCCGCUCGUGCUGAUAGUUUAUGUAAAUACGGUCCAAUCAUAAAGAUGUGAGGAUUAAAUAGCAGAUGAAUCCGCGAUGUCAGAACUUGCUUUGAUCCUUUUUUUUUUUUUGAUCUAUUGCUUAAGGUUGUAAUGUAAGUUGUAACUACCUAUUGUGGGUUGUCAAAUGAAGCGUUUUUUCAGAAUAAAGCCGUUUUUGUGCUUC